AUGGCGGGUGGAAAUGAAACCACAUGGACUGGAUUCAUCUUCAUUGGGUUUCCUGAUAUUUUGGGGUCCAAAAGUAGAUUGUUUGUUGCAUUUCUUUUUAUAUAUAUUAUGACUGUUUUGGGUAACUUUAUCAUCUUUCUUGCAACCACUUUUAAUUCUAGCCUUCAAUCACCUAUGUAUUUUCUGAUGGGGCAACUUUCCUUUUUAGAUCUUUGUUAUAUUUCUGUCACGGUUCCUCAGAUGCUUUGCAAUUUCUUGGAAGAGAGGAAUAUUAUAUCUCAUGGAGGCUGUGUUGCACAACUGCUUUUGUUUAUUUCUAUGGAAGGGACUGAAGCCCUGCUUUUGGCAGCUAUGGCUUAUGACCGCUACGUAGCUAUACGCUUUCCUCUUAAUUAUCCUAUGAUUAUGAACAGAGUAGCAUGCGUUUUGAUGGUGGUUGCUGCCUGGAUAGGAGGUUUGUGUAACUCCUUGGUGCACACUGUCCUCACAUUCAGUCUCCCCUUCUGUGGGUCCCAUCAACUCAACCAUUAUUUUUGUGACAUCCCUCCUCUGCUAAAAAUUUCAUGUAGGGAAACUCUUGCCAAUGAGUUAGUUCUUUUCAUUGUUGGUGGUGUAGGGGUGGGCUUCAGCACAUUUACUUUCAUUCUUAUUACAUACAUCUUCAUAAUUUCUACCAUCCUAAAAAUGUCAUCGACAGAUGGAAAGCACAAAGCCAUUUCUACCUGUGCCUCCCACCUUACUGUUGUUAUGUUAUUCUAUGUAACAGCUAUAUUUACGUAUGUAAGACCAUCAUACACUUAUUCUUUACAGAGGGAAAGAGUAGUGUCUAUUCUGUAUAGUGUAGUGACUCCUAUGCUAAACCCUAUUAUAUACAGCUUAAGAAAUAAGGAAAUCAAGAGAGUGGUUGGGAUUUUUUUUUUUAAAUUCUAUUUUAAAAGGACACUUUGA